AUGUCGACGUCUACGUCGUCGUUUGCCGGCGAGACAAAGAAUGGCGGCACACGACAGCGUCGACAGGUUGAUACCUCCAACAAAAUAGAGACGAAUGAAAAGUCAGCUGCUAGAAAAAACAAACGCAAGCACCGUCCGACCUGGAAACGGCUCGCCAGAUUCUCUCUCAAACACCGCUGGACCAUCCCCCUCGUCCCCCUCGUCGCAUUCAUACUCGCAUACCUCCUCAAUCCAACAGAAUCCAACAUCGUCCACCGCUUCCUCUUCCUCUCCUACAAAUUCCAGCAACCAGGGACUAAAAACCCGCAAUAUGGCAAAGGACUAUGGGACAUUGCCUUCGUCCUCUUCUACACCAUUUUCCUUUCAUUUACCCGCGAGCUCAUAAUGCAAGAAUUCCUCCGCCCAUUAUCCGUCCACUACGGCAUCAAAUCCAAGGCCAAACAACUCCGGUACAUGGAACAAAUGUAUACAGUCAUCUAUUUUGGAAUCAUGGGCCCGCUAGGACUAUACGUUAUGCGUCACAGCGUGCCGGAAGUAUGGUACUUCAACACACCGGGGAUGUACGCCUCCUUUCCGCACAGAUCGCACGACGCAAUGUUUAAGUUUUAUUAUUUGUUUGAAGCGGCAUAUUGGGCUCAGCAGGCUCUCGUUAUGAUUCUGGGGCUGGAGAAGCCGAGGAAGGAUUACAAGGAGCUGGUGGUGCAUCAUGUUGUGACGCUGGCGUUGAUUGGGUUGAGUUAUCGGUUUCAUUUUACGUAUAUGGGCAUCGCGGUUUAUGUUACGCAUGAUAUUAGUGAUUUUUUUCUUGCUGUGAGUCUACUAAGCCCCCCGGUUCUAGAAAGAGAAUGGAGUUGGCUAAUUGAAGUGGAUGAAUUUCAGGUUGGCAAAUCCCUUCAAUACACAGAUAGUGACUUCGUCCCACCGGCUUUUGCUGUUUGCGUCUCGGCAUGGAUCUAUCUACGACACUACCUCAAUCUCCGCAUUCUCGGUUCUCUUCUUCCCGGCGGCGCGUUUCAGACUGUCGGGCCAUACGAACUCAAUUGGGAGACGCAGCAGUACAAGUGUUGGAUUUCGCAGAUUAUCACGUUUGGCCUGUUGGCGUGUUUGCAGGCGCUCAACUUGUUUUGGUUGUAUUGUUUGGGGAGGAGUGUGUAUCGAUUUUUGGUUUAUAGGGUUGCGAAGGAUGAUAGGUCGGAUGAUGAGGAGGAGAAUGUUACGCCGGGAAAUUGA